CUCUUGGGAAUAUGAGUUGACGCUUCGGGUUAACGGGUUGUACCCAUUUGGGAUCCAUAAUACCCAUUCUGCAAAUUCAUGUACCAGGGUUUAGGGUUUUGGAUCCCCCGCUCUCUCUCUGAAGCUCACACAGCAGGUCGAAACGAUAAACGGUUUAUUGUAAGGAACCAUUUUCUGAGAAUCUGGUUAUGGUUUCUAUUGGCUCAAAAGCCUUGCCACUGAGAAAACACAAAACUAGUAAUUUAACUGAGGACAGUUUCAUGGCCGGGGAAGAUAAUCCUUACGGAAAGCAUGGAAAGAAAGGAAGCAUGAGCAGAUAGUCAUUUAAAAAACGCCCUGGUUUUGAUGGAGAUCAUUCUACUGAAAAUUUAUCUGGUGGUAUGCCCGAUAAUUCUGCAAAAUCUUCAAAAGUUUCGAAGCAUCAGAACGUUUCUGUGCCACAAACAUCGUUUGUCAGGAAACAGGUUGAUCCUGAGACUGCAAAAUACUACUUAGAGAUUGCAAAUGUUAUUGAAGGUACUGAAGUUAACUUAGAGGAAAGGUCAAUUAUAUGUGGUAAUGCUUUGGAAGAGAGUAGAGGGAAAGAAGUGGAACUUGCAACUGAUUAUUACAUAAGCCACACUAUGCAAGCGCUCCUUGAAGGCUGUGAUGUGGAUCACCUAUGUGGGUUUCUCCAAAGCUGUGCAAAGGACUUCCCUCACAUUGCAAUGGAUAGAUCUGGUUCUCAUGUCGCAGAGACAGCUCUCAAGUCUUUAGCUAUGCAUCUUCAAGAUGAUGAGACUAACUCUCUUAUUGAAAAUACACUAACUACGAUUUGCCAGGUGAUUGUAGACAAUCCUAUUGAUAUGAUGUGCAACUGUUAUGGGUCUCAUGUUCUUCGGAGUCUUCUUUGUUUUUGUAAAGGAGUGCCAUUGGACUCUUCUGAGUUCCAUGCCACGAAGUCAUCGACUAUUCUGGCAGAGCGGUUAAAUUUGAGGCCGUCUCGAGUGGAUGAAAAUGAUUCACAAUAUUCGCAGCAGAGAUUUCCAGAUGUACUCAAAUUCCUUGUGUCAGGAAUGUUAAACUGUGCCAGAAAAGACAUUUCAACCCUUCAAACUGAUCAGUACAGUAGUUUAGUUUUGCAGACUGCUUUGAAGUUAUAUGCAGGACAUGAAGAAGGGUUGUCGCGUAUAAUUCCCAUUCUUCUUGGCUGCAACAUGGAAAAUGCUGUUGAAGGGAAUUUCAUUGAAAAAAAGUCAGCGCAAAGCCUUCUACGUUUGAUGAAGGAAACUGCAUAUAGCCAUUUAAUGGAGGUCAUCGUGGAAGUGGCUCCUGAAACAUUGUACAAUGAGCUAUUCACAAAAGUCUUCAGGAAUUCAUUGUUUCAGAUGUCAUCUCAUCACUGUGGGAACUUUGUUGUCCAAGCAUUAAUUUCUCAUGCAAGAUGUCAAAGUCAUAUGGAGUUAAUAUGGGAGGAACUUGGUCCAAAGUUUACGGAUCUUCUUGAAAUGGGAAGGUCUGGUGUUACUGCUUCUCUCAUUGCUGCAAGUCUAAGGCUUCAUAGCCAUGAACACAAGGCCCUUGCCGCUGCUGUGCAUUCAGUGAAUGAGUCCAUCGGGUGUAUUGUUCCUCGAAUAUUAUUUCUUGAAAACUACUUUAGUUGCGGAGAUAAAUCCAACUGGAACUGGCCGAAUGGUGUGAAGAUGCAUCUCAUGGGUUCCUUGAUUCUGCAGUUAGUUUUUAAAUUUUCAAGUGACUUCAUUCAGCCUUUUAUUACAAGUAUCACUUCAAUGGAAGUUGAGCAUGUUCUUGAAGCAUCGAAAGACCCUGGGGGUCAAAGGGUUGUUGAAGCUUUUCUUAGUUCAAAUGUUUCUGGAAAACAGAAACGUAGAUUGGUUAUGAAGCUUAGAGGACAUUUUGGAGGGCUUGCAUUGCAUCUGUCAGGCUCAUUUACUGUCGAAAAGUGCUUUAUCGCCGGCAACUUAUCUCUGAGAGAGGCAAUUGUAUCUGAGUUGUUAGAAGUGCAAACGGAGCUCUCAAAGACUAAGCAUGGCCCUGUUCUUUUGAGGAAACUCGAUGUUGAUGGAUUUGCAAGACGACCUGAUCAGUGGAAGUCGAGACAAGCAUCAAAACAAUCAGUUUACAAAGAGUUCUAUGCUACGUUUGGCUCAAAAGAAACCAAGUCAUCCAAAACUGACCACUUUCUUGCGGAGACUCCUCGUACAUCACAGCCAGAAAAAUUGAAGGAGAUGAGGAAGGAAAUAGAAGCUUCCCUAGGUUCUGCUACUGCACCAUCUUCCAGUACUCAAUUUCUAGCCAAUGAGGACUUGACAACGAAAGUGAGAAUGUCAGGCCAUAAGCGUCAUGCAAAGAGAGAAGAACAGUAUGAUGAUGAUGUUUUGGAAAGCAAAAACAAAAAGCAGAAAAAGAAAAAGAAUCACGAUGGGAUUGAGCAUGUUGCUGUGGCUAGUGAAUCAUCCCACCCUGUUGACAAAAAGGAGAAGAAACGUCGAAGGAAGGAUGGCUCAUGAAAUUCUUUCUAAAGAAAUCGAAAGCAUGAGAUUUCAACCCUGUAUGUGUAUUUCUCUUUGUUUUGAAUCUCUUACAUCUACAUUGUUUGACUUAAGUUCACAGACUAAUUAGCUAGAUGGAGAAUUUCACAUAGCUCUUUUAAAUUGUUCCAACAAAGAAACUUGUGUAUUUACAUCUGAAAACUACAAAAUCAAUAAACAUAAAAAAUUGGUACUCCCAGGGAAAACAACACCGCAGUGAAUCUAAAUAGCACUAGAUUUGUCUCUCUCUCUCUGCACUAGACUUGUGUAAGACGACUCUAAAACAACAAAUUGUAUCGGUAAUCUUAAUAUAAAAAAAAAAAAUUGUAAUA